ACCUCUAAAUCAUAAAUUCGAUCUGCUUGCAUAAUUAUUUGAUAGACGUGGAAGUUUUUGCCGAUUGUACGAGCUUCGAUUUUGAAUUUCAAACGACAAAAGCAAGGAAUGAGUCCGAAUUAUUAAAAACCAGUAAUUUCGUAUUCGAGAAGAGAAACAUACCGUGAUUGUUCAAUAUGCAGAACGUAAGGCGAUCGAAUUCUAAGGGUGUGUAACGCCGUAUGAACGAUCAAUUCGUUAAGGUGCAAAAUCUCCGAAACUGCAGAUAUUGCUAUCGAUUAUGAAAUAUUUUGUUGUGUCUCGUAACCGUAAAAUAUUUAAUUUGAAGUCCAGACCGUUUUAAUCCUUUGAUUCUUGAGAUCCGCAACUUAUCGCGGAUAUAGCAAUUGAGAUUGAGAUUAUGAUGCUAUGUAAUCGUGAGUGCCACUCUACAAUGUCUAUAUACUUAUGUACUCAAAUCAUUGUUCGAUUUUUCUUUCUUCUUUACCGCCCAUAAAGGUCUAUUGUAAGUUGUUCGGUUAUCGCGGAUCACGGGAUAUCGAAUAAUCCGAUAAAAUGUACCCCGAUAAAGAAGAAAAAUAAAAACGGAAUCAAGAGCUAUUAUAUAUUAUAGGGUCAUACCACGUACGGUUGUCUUCGAAGUGCAAGUCUGCGCAGACUGUGGACUGUCCAAAAAUCUCGUUCAAUAAAACAUAGAAUUUUUUUGAUAUUUCUCAACUCGUGGUGCACGCGCCACGAUCGAGAUGACUCAAGUCGGUCUCUGUAUCUCUAAUUUUAAUUUUAAAGCCUCUCACAUUAUGCGUGGAACGGUUCCAAGGUUUAAAAGCAACACAUUCCUAGCCUUCGGAAAACUUUAUAUUGUGUGAAAAUCGUUUAUAAUAAAUUCAACGAUAUAAUAACAGAAUUGCCAUGGUUUAAAUGGAAGAUACAUAUAUAUCAUAAAUCGAAUUCAACUUAUGAUCGAUCCGCUGUACCAUUUGAAACAUCACGAGACCUUUCAACGAAUACUGCAGCGGGUUCACGGCUGAUAGUUUGAAAAAUGAUCGUCCAACAGCGUACGUGGUGGAUCAUUUUCAUCCUAGGUAUAGGACAAUCUUUAGCAGACUUCACUGUAUCCCAGCAAGAUCUGACUGUUACAGUAGGUGGUCAGAAAACGUUUCAACUUUAUUUGAAUGAAAUUAGGCCAGUGUCUGAGGAUUUAGUUGUAACAUUUGACGUACAACAUUCUGACUUAGUCAGGACAGACCCUGUCAGCAUUACUCGAUUAAAUGAUACCCAAGUUAACGAAUGGUCUAUCACAAUAUUUGGUCUAGGGGCAGGCCACUCUAUAGUUUCCACAAACGUUACCCCUGUCGAUGCUACAGAUACAACUGAAGCUUUCGUGCGGGUAACAAUAGAAAAAUCGGAAGCACUUUAUCAUGUGAGCUCCGUAGUUGGUUGGGUAUACUUUUUGGCAUGGAGCAUCAGUUUUUACCCUCAGAUAUACAGCAAUUACAAGCGAAAGAGUGUAGUUGGUUUAAAUUUCGAUUUUUUAUCCCUGAAUAUCGUUGGGUUUGUAAUGUACUCUUUGUUCAACUGUGGACUUUUUUGGAUCUCCUCGGUGGAGCAAGAGUAUUUUAAUCGAUAUCCGAAGGGUUUGAAUCCUGUUUUAGUGAAUGACAUAGUUUUUUCAUUGCACGCGGUAUUUGCCACAGCUGUUACAAUACUUCAAUGCUUUAUUUAUGAGAGAGGGACUCAGAGAGUGUCGAUAACAGCACGUAUGAUACAUGGCGUGUUUGCUGUUUUAAUACUGAUCUCCAUCAUUUUAGCAUCAGUUAACAUAAUCACGUGGCUAGACUUCUUGUAUUAUUGCAGCUAUGUAAAGCUGGCUAUUACGCUUAUAAAAUAUGUACCACAAGCAUUCUAUAAUUAUAAAAGGAAAUCUACAAUUGGAUGGAGUAUCGGAAAUAUAUUUUUGGAUUUUACUGGUGGCAUGCUGUCUAUGCUGCAAAUGAUACUCAAUGCAUAUAAUUACGAUGACUGGGAAAGUAUUUUCGGAGAUCCGACAAAGUUUGGACUUGGAUUUUUCUCAGUUGCCUUCGAUAUUUUCUUCCUUAUACAGCAUUACGUCCUUUACAGGGAUCGUCAAGAAUAUGUUGAACUUCCGAAAGACUAUUCACAAUCAAAUGAAAGUCAGCGGAUUCUAACAAUACCAGGCAGUUACCAGGGUUCAUAAAUGUACCUAAUAUUUGAAUCUAUGACGAAUUAUAGAUUACCAACAUUUUUAAUAAAACAAAAAUAUCUAUUACCUAAA